AUGGAGCGCAGAAACCGGGUCUGCCUCGCUGGUGACGGCCCCAGACCCGACAAGACCCUUGCCGCCGCACAGCCAACGCCCGACUUGAAGUGUUUGUUGAGGGGUGGGUUCCAGCCACUGGCCCAUCUGUACCCCAGCGGCCCCACCCGCGAUGCUGCCACUUUGAAGGUGGAGCUCCAAGGCAAGCCAUGGAAGUCACAAGUCACAAACUUGCACUGCACCAGGCUCAACUGA